ACCUAGCUUCAUCAAAAGACAUUUUUAAAUCUCACUUGCUUGAGCCAAUAUUUCCCCCCCUUGGGUAAAAAUGUGAUCUUUAGUAUAAAUAUCCAAUCUUGAUCACUCCUUUUCCCCCAACUUUUUCCCAAAUAGAAACAAAACAAAAAAAAAAUGGAUUGGGUUCUUCUCAAAAUCAAAGAUAGAAGCUUUCCUCAGUCACCUCCACCACCACCACCACCGCGGCUGCCGCCGCCGUCGCCACCACCUCCGCCGCCGCAUUCACAAUCCCACACUUUCAAUUCGAACCACGGCGCAAACCCAAGCGUACUCCUAAUCAUAAUAAUACUCGCAAUCAUCUUCUUCAUCUCCGGCCUACUCCACCUCCUCGUCAGAUUCCUACUCCGACCUCAAAUUAGGGUUCCGGCCGAAACCGACGAAUUCACCGCCCUACAAGGCCAAUUGCAGCACCUCUUCCACCUCCACGACUCCGGCGUCGACCAAUCAUUCAUCGACACACUCCCACUGUUCAAUUACAAAGCCCUAAUCGGCCCCAAAAACCCCUUCGAUUGCGCAGUUUGUCUCUCCGAAUUCGAACCGGAAGACGAACUCAGGCUGCUGCCCAAUUGCAGCCACGCCUUUCACGUGAACUGCAUCGACACGUGGCUGCUUUCCCACUCCACCUGCCCAAUUUGCAGAGCAAUUUUAGCCCCUGAUUUCUCGCACGCCACGAAUUUUUGUCCGGUGGUUAGGGUUCUCGAAUCCGGCAACGGAAGUUUCAGAGACGACGGUGAUGAUGCUUCCGAAAGAUCCGGCGAAACUGAAAUUGAAGUUAGAGAGAGAGAAAUUGUGGCGGUGAAGCUUGGGAAAUACAGGAGUGUUGUUGUUGAUGAUGGCGGCGGCAAUGGCGGCGGCGGCGGUACUGAAAGUAGUGUUUCUGCUGAAAGAAGGUGUUUUUCAAUGGGGUCUUUCGCUUACGUAAUGGAGGAUAACUCGUGUUUGAAAGUUCCGAUUAGAACAACCCCUAUGAAGAAGAGGAAAUUACCGCGUUUGCCACUGGGAUCGAAUCACAGGACCGCAUUGUCCGAGUGUGGGUCCGAUUCAAGGAGGGAGUUCAAUGGCGUCGAAGCGUUCAAGAUUCUUGAAAUCCGUAGUGGUGAUGAUGAUGGUAGUGGCAAGUUCGUUACGAAGUGUAAGAGGGAAAGUUUCUCGGUGUCGAAAAUUUGGUUGAGGGGGAAAAGGGAUAAGCCAAACGCGGCGUUAGUGGAGUUGUCAAGAAGGGCGUUUUCGUCCCGAUUCCCAAUGCGACGGAAUCCGACGGCUGAUCAAAGUGAGUCGAACGGAGAAAAUCGAUUGGAUUCGGAUUGCGAAGCUCCGUCUUUUGGGAGGAGAACACUUCAAUGGCUUAUAGGAAGGCAAGACAAGGUUGUUGAAUCAUCUUUUACAAGCAAUGUUUAAAUUGUUUUAUUCUUUUAUUUUGUUUGAAAUUAUUAUUUUUUUUUGUGAGAGGAUUUGUGACAUGUCCUUUUAUUGGACAGUCAAAAUUUUACGUAGUUAUAAUCAAAAUAUUGCAUUCAUUG